AUGGCUUCAUCCAUGAUUCAGUGGGGGGUGAUGAUCCUUGUCUUUCAUUUUGCUUCCUCAGGGCGAGUACUCUGGAAGUUGAAGGAACAUGUGCGUUCAAUCUAUGAACAAAGAGCUGAACGACGCUUGCUGUUAGCGCACAAAUCUCAUGUCAUUGAGGGUCAGAUUCACCAGAGACUUGACCAUUAUAAUGGCAAAAACACGGACACCCUCAUUCAGAAAUUCAUUGUGAAUGAAGCUUUCUGGAAAAAGCCUGAUGGUCCUGUGUUUCUCUACAUUAGUGGUGAAGGCCCUCUGUCUAAAUACAGCGUGUUGGCUGGUCACUAUGUGACCAUGGCUGAGAAGCAUGGAGCUCUGCUGGUGGCACUCGAGCACCGUUUCUACGGUUCAAGCAUCAAUGCAGGUGGCUUGGAGCUUUCUAAUCUGCAGUACCUUUCCAGUCAGCAGGCCCUUGCCGAUCUGGCUGCUUUCCACAGCUUUAUCACUCAGAAAUAUGGCCUUACUGACAAGAACAUCUGGAUCAGUUUCGGUGGCUCGUAUGCCGGCGCUCUCUCCGCCUGGUUCAGGGGAAAGUUUCCUCACCUCGUCUAUGGGGCUGUAGCAUCCUCGGCCCCUGUUCAGGCCAAGCUGGAUUUUUCUGCAUAUAACAAGGUGGUGGGGCAUAGUCUUACAGAGGAGAGUGUAGGCGGCUCUUAUGAGUGUUUAAACAGUGUUAGGAAGGCAUUUGUGGCUCUGGAGGCAGCUUUGCUCGGGGGGAGAGAGAUGAUGGUGGUGAAGGAUUUCAGAUGUUGUGAUGUGCCAAGGAGCCCGGAGGAUUUCACUGAGCUUGUGCAGAACGUGGCUGAUAUCUUCAUGGGAAGCGUGCAGUACAAUGAGGAAGGAGUGAUGCUGACCAUCGCUCAAAUCUGUGACAUCAUGACCAAUCAGAGCCAAGGGCAAGCCUAUGAGAGGCUGGUCCAGCUUGCAGCGAUGUAUCGUGCUAUGGUAAAGGAGCCAUGUCUGGAUAUCUCUCACCAACGCACCAUCCUGAAGCUGAACACAAGCAGCAGUGGAAGCUUCGGGUACAGACAGUGGUACUACCAGACCUGCAGAGAGUUUGGCUUCUAUCAGACCUGUGAAGACACCAGCUGCCCAUUCGUACGAACACUGACACUGCAGGACCAUACUCAACUCUGCCCUCAGCUUUUUGAGAUUCCUGAACACACACUCCCCAUGAACAUCGCCUUCACCAACCAGUACUACGGAGGAGAUCAGGCCCAAACCCAGCGUGUGCUCUACAUCAAUGGUGACAUUGACCCUUGGAUGGAGCUAAGUAUUGUGCGUAAUGGGACCAGGGUGGAUAAGGACAGAGCCAUUGUGAUUCACGGCGCUGCUCACUGCGCGGAUAUGAACCCUGCACGAUCUGGGGACAAGCCCUCACUGCGUCUGGCCAGGAAGGAAAUUGAAAGGCAUGUUGUCAUGUGGCUGAAGAGUGCAGCAUGGGAGCACACGCUCUGACCAAUCGGCACGCUUGAAAGUUGGUCACCUGACUGAACCACUUUGCUCCGCCGUGACCCUUCUCUUCUGCCUUCUGUCAAAUUAUCUUAUCGGACUGCAUGUGUGAUGUGAGAGUGUGUAUGAGUGUAUGUGUUGGGGUAGAAAGUUGCUAAGUGUGUGUGGGUUUGUAUGUCUAUCAGUUGGUCAUUACCCGGAACGUUUCAAGCUGUGGUUUUGUAGUGUGUGUGUGUGUG